AUGCCGCUGCGGAGCCGCGCGGCCGCGGGGCCCUGGGGGCGGCUGGCGCUGCCGCUGCUGCUGGCGGCCUGCGCCGCCAGCGCCUCCGAGAUCACCUUCGAGCUGCCCGACAACGCCAAGCAGUGCUUCUACGAGGAGAUCGCCCAGGGCACCAAGUGCACCCUCGAGUUCCAGGUGAUCACUGGAGGUCAUUAUGAUGUUGACUGUCGGUUGGAAGAUCCUGAUGGCACUGUCUUGUACAAAGAGAUGAAGAAGCAAUAUGAUAGUUUCACAUUUACUGCAUCCAGAAAUGGAACAUACAAAUUCUGCUUCAGCAAUGAAUUCUCUACUUUCACACACAAAACUGUGUACUUCGAUUUCCAGGUUGGAGAAGAUCCUCCGCUAUUUCCUAGUGAAAACAGAGUAACUGCACUUACCCAGAUGGAGUCUGCCUGUGUUUCGAUUCAUGAAGCUCUGAAGUCUGUCAUCGAUUAUCAGACUCAUUUCCGGUUGAGAGAAGCACAAGGCCGCAGCAGAGCGGAGGAUUUAAACACAAGAGUAGCCUACUGGUCAAUAGGAGAAGCAAUCAUUCUUCUUGUAGUUAGUAUCGGGCAGGUAUUUCUCCUCAAAAGCUUCUUCUCAGAUAAAAGAACCACCACAACCCGUCUUGUAUUGCAUUCCUCUUCAACACGGAUGUUUCGAAUUAGCACCAAGCAAAUGUGUCAGCAACUCAUUCCUGGAUGCAUGUUUGUCGUAAUGGGCACUAUUAAUUCAAAACCAACUCUUUCACCAGAUAGCAGCAAAAAGGCUAAGCGAGCGAGUACAGGUCAGAGACAGAGAGACUCCAAGCAAGUUAAUGAAUUGUGCAGCCUCUCUGCUGAAGUUGAGGAGCCUGCAAGUAGGUCUCCAGAAGUUUGCAGCAGUAAUGAGAAUAUUGAGGAUGUUUUCUAUAAGUUUGUGAUUCUGCAUGCUGAGAAUGAUGUAGAUGAAGCCAUCCGGAUCCAGAACCUGCUGCAGAACGAAUUUUGUAUUAAACCUGGAAUAAUCUUUGCUGAGAUGCCUUGUGGUAAACAUAUAUUGGAAAACUUAAGUGAUGCUGUGAACGGCUCGGCGUGGACUAUUAUACUGCUGACAGAAAACUUUCUGAAUGGUCGUUGGUGUGAGUUUCAGUCUUACACCUGCCUUGUCAAUGCUCUCAACAAACAGCAUAAAUACAACUCUGUGAUACCUGUGAGGCCGCUGAAUAACCCGCUGCCCCGGGAGAAGACUCCUUUCGCCUUGCAGGCUAUUAAUGCCCUGGAAGAAGACAGUCCUGGCUUUGCAAAACAAGUGGAGAGAGUUUUCCAGGAGCCUACGUACAGGCAACUGCGAGACAUAUGGCGGAGGGAAAGGAUGAAAGAGAAACUAGAGCGCUUGUGAUGGUGGAAAAAGCUUUGUAAAGACAAGUGAUGAUUAGAAUAAAGCAGAAGUGAUAUUCUUUGCUCUUAUUCUAUUAAGGAAGAGAAAUUCUUCUUUUGACAAAACUAAUGAUAAAGUUCUCAGAGAAGGCAUGUUAAUUAAAUACUGGGGAACACAUGCUGCGUAUGAAGACAUAACUGUCACUGUGCCAGCUUAGAGGCACAAGAUGCUGCUUUCCACCAUCCAUAACUGGUUUUGCCUUUAUUUUUUGAGCUCUGCCAGACACGUAUUGCCUUCCGUUAACAGGGUAGAGCUCUUCACAUCUUCUGGCUGAUGCUGAAAAAUACAAGUAAAUGAGGAAUGCUUGUCAUUAUUAUGAAAACAAUGUUAUGAAAGGCACUCUAUGAAAUAUGCUGCUACUUUAAGAAAUGGACACUUAAGUAUGUAGAUACUUGCGUUGCACUUUGUUUUUAUAUUGCAAACACUUUUUGAUGCAUCCUGAAUGUUCUGUUGUUUUAAUAAACACUUUCUUGGCUCCUUUA